UUCCUCUCCAUGUUUCUUUUUCGAGGAUGGAAGACGUGGUGGAGGUUUACGCUUAAUAAUAAUUGGCGUGUGUGGUGAAGGUUCUUGCUUUUCUGAAAGUGUUUCUCACCGUGUUUCUGCCCAGAACGCUGAAAGCUCCAGGUGCUGAACAUGAGCACGGGCACGCCGUACAUCGGCAGCAAAAUCAGCCUCAUCUCCAAAGCGCAGAUCCGCUAUGAGGGAAUUUUAUACACCAUCGAUACCGACAAUUCCACCGUGGCUCUGGCUAAAGUGAGGUCCUUCGGCACAGAGGGACGACCCACAGAUCGGCCCGUACCGCCACGGGAGGAGGUAUUCGACUACAUCAUCUUCCGAGGAAGUGACAUCAAGGACAUUACGGUCUGUGAGCCCCCGAAGCUACACCACGGUCUCCCUCAGGAUCCAGCAAUUGUUCAGUCAUCUGUGGGAAGUUCAUCUUUACCAUAUGGCACUCAGGGAGGUUAUAGUCCUUACAGGAGCAUGAUGCCACCUUAUAACCCUCUCGCUGCCGGCUCUCUGCUCAACCAGCAGUACGCUGCUGCCCUCAGCCUGGGUGCUGGACUGCACGGCCCUCUGAGAAGAGGUCCCAUGGUCGAGCAGGGUGUCCAGACAGUGCCUGCUGAACAACCAGUUCCAAAGAAAGGUUUGGUGUUGCAGCAGGGCCGUGAGGGCGGCAGGGUGCAGAGAGGCCGAGGAAGUCCUCAGACACAGAGGAGCGCCAUGUCUGCGGCUAUGGAUUCUCAGCAAGGAGAUGUACAAGAGCAAAAUCAAGCUAAUGAUGAGAACAGACCACCACAGAGAAGACGACAAGGCAAUCGUCGAGCCCGGAAUCGCAACCGAGGUCAGAUUAUCGUGGGGACCUCAAAGCCGACUACUCUUCAGUUCGAGUCGGACUUCGAUUUUGAAUCCGCCAACGCCCAGUUCAACAAAGACGAGCUCGUCAAGGAGGUUCAAGGUGACGCUGAAGUCAAAGAUAAAGAAGAGAAGGAGAAAUCCGACUCUGGUGUGGAGACCCAGAAUAGUGAGGGUGCAGCGGAGGAAGAUGCGUUUGGUCCGAAGUGCUUCUACAACAAGUCUAAAAGCUUCUUUGACAACAUCUCUUCCGAACUCAAAUCUAGACGUACGACAUGGGCGGAGGAACGCAAGCUAAACGUGGAGACCUUCGGCGUUCCUGGUCGUUUCCUGAGAGGCCGUGGUUUCCGUGGAGGGUUCAGAGGGAGGAGGGGAAGAGGAAUGAAUCAGCGUGUAUCUGCUCAACCUGCCGUCGGAAGCGGUAGAGUGUGAUGAUUUUGAUUUUCAUAUAGCCACCAAGUGGAUUUGUGUAUAUACAAAAUUUCUUUUUUUUUUGUUUUUUUCCUCUUGUCAUUUCAGUUGGGGUCCUGCACUUUACCUGUGACUGCUAUUAAAUGCAAACAGAAUUGUCUUUUUGUUGCUAUAGCUGCUUUAUUGCUAAUGAAUGUUUAUAAAAGAGUUUGCACAAACUGAAAUGCACAUUAACUGUCUGAGUAAAGCACUUUUAUUUACGCUUUAUGAUUGAAAUAUUGGAAUUGCAAAAUGUCUGUUUAUGGUUAUCCAUGUCAGCCUUUGGCAUUUGUUCCCCAAACAUUGAUUUAAGAGGCUGUUUUUGGUUUGUUUCCUUUAUUUUGUUGCAUAUGAAUUAAUUGGGGACUUUGUACAAAAGAGAUCCAUUAUUAAUAAAAUGGAAAAUGGCUGAUAAACCCA